GUCACCGGAGGAACCCGCGGAAUCGGGCGGGCUAUAGUGGAGGAACUAGCAGGGUUUGGUGCAGCGGUUCAUACGUGUUCACGGAACCAGGAAGAGCUAGGAAAAUGCUUGGAUGAGUGGAAAAACAGAGGUUUUAUAGUCUCUGGUUCGGUUUGUGACGCUUCGAUUCGAGACCAAAGGGAGAAGCUCAUUCAUGAAGUGGCAUCUGCCUUUAGUGGCAAGCUCAACAUUCUAGUCAACAAUGUUGGAACCAAUAUCAGGAAACCGACAGUAGAAUUCACCGACGAGGAGUUCACAAAACUGAUAUCUACCAACUUGGACUCGGCUUUCCAUCUAUCCCAAAUCGCUCACCCUCUUCUAAAAGCAUCUGGGGUUGGAAGCAUUGUUUUCAUCUCCUCUGUCGCUGGCGUGGUCCACGUCCGAAGUGGAUCUAUUUACGGUGCGACGAAAGGAGCCCUUAAUCAACUCACGAGAAAUCUAGCCUGCGAGUGGGCCGGCGACAACAUUAGGACAAAUUGUGUCGCCCCAUGGUACAUCAAGACAUCUCUCGUGGAACCGUUGCUCGAGAAGAAAGAGUUGAUGGAGCAGAUAAUCUCCCGCACGCCGCUUGGACGUAUCGGGGAGCCAGAGGAGGUAGCGUCGAUGGUCGCUUUCCUCUGCCUUCCGGCCGCUUCCUACAUCACGGGACAGGUAAUAUCGGUAGACGGCGGAUUCACCGUUAACGGUUUUAACUAUGUUCUUCAAUAGAUCUCUUCCUGCAGAUGGUGAAAGGUAAUAAUUUAAUUGAAACCCCUUGUCUCGUUUCUGUUCUUUAGCGUUGAUGUACUUUCAUCGCCGCCAUUGUUCUUCUUCUCCCUUCUUUGGAAUGGUGAACCUCUUAUUUAUGUGAUUCGUUUGAAAUGUAAAUCCACGUUUUGAUCUUUA